CUCAAACUAGUCAUAUUAGCCCCAACUGGGAAGCAGCAACAUUGUGUCCUGUACAGGAGAAAAAUAAUCCAUAUAUCAAAAGGAUUAUUGUCAGGCAGGUUUAAAUAUUACAGCUUGUAAUAGCGGCAGCUCUCUGCAUCAAUUAAAGGUAUAACAGCAUGAAGGGUUUGUACUGCCGAGCUGGUGUGAGUGAUGCUGAGACCAAGUUCGUCAUUCAGGAAACGAGUCUUCCAGAGGUUUUAGGCAGCCAUCUGGUCAGAGUUCAGGUCAAAGCAUGUGGACUCAGCCCACUGGACCUCAAGUUGCUUGGUGACGUGGGGAUCCAGAGAGAUUUGAUUCCUGUUGGCAGAGAGGUGGCCGGGGUCGUCCUGCAAGUCGGCGACAACGUCUCUUUCUUCCAGCCAGAGGACGAGGUUGUAGGUAUCCUGCCUCUGGACUCUCCCUGCUCCGGACUCUGUGAUGUCAUCGACAUAGAUGAACAGUAUUUAGUUCAGAAGCCGGAGAAGCUCAGCUCGGUGUGCGUGGCCGGGGCGCUGCGUGACGGCCUCUGUGCUUACACUGCUCUACACACACAUGCUCGCAUGGCGGCCGGACACACACUCCUGGUCAUGGACGGAGCCAGCUCUUUUGGCCUUAUGUGCAUCCAGUUGGCUUGUUACCACGGAGCAAAGGUUCUGACGACGUCGCACUCGCCGCAAAAACACACGUUCCUGGAGCAGCUUCGGCCCAGCGUCGGCGUUCAGGAUCCUUUAGUAGCUAAGGUUAUUCCAGUGUACAACAGCUCAUCAGACCUGCUGCCGGUGGUUUUGGAGGAGACGGGAGGACUGGGAGUGGAUAUAAUCAUAGACUCUGGAGUGCGUCUGCACGGUGAGGAGGAGGAGUCAGAGGGGACGAAGCUUCUCCCACACAAACAUGACAUUAUCAGCGUGCUGGGAGUGGGGGGGCACUGGGUCACGUCCCAUAAAGACCUGCAGUUGGAUCCUCCAGACUGCAGAUUACUGUACUUAAAAUCAGCCUCUGUGACUUUCCUCAACCAUGAAGUCUGGACGGCUUCAUCAGCGCAGCAGGGAAGAUACCUCCAUAUUCUGAAGGACAUUGUGGACAAGAUGUCAGCUGGCGUGCUCAGACCUCAGCCUGAGGAGGCGGUCCCUCUCUACGAAGCCACGGUUGCCAUGGAGACCGUCCAGCGUCAGCAGAAGGGAAAGGCGGUUGUUCAACUCUGACCGAAACAUCAAGACACUGAUAAAAACACAGGAACCUGAAAUUUUACAUCUACUUUCUGAAUACAAGUAUGAUCUCAUGUGGCUUUCAUGCUACGAGUCUACAACCCACAUUAAAGCCUGUCUGGUCUUUGUUUGUUACUUUAUGUUUCUAUGAGCUUCAUUUGACUCAAUAAACACAUUUUUGAUUAAAAAAGAUGACUGAAAUUCUUGAUUUCGGUCUAAAAGUUGCAAGUGUGCGAUUAUGUGGCUGUCACUAAAUGUGUUGAGUAACGUUGCAUUUUUUUGUCUCUAAUCAGAAAAUAAAUAAGACA